CGUGAAUGCGCCUUUGCUGGCAUAUUUGAUCGCCAAACGGGGUUGUGUCUCCUUAUUUCUUCUCAAUGAUUGAGUUUUUCAUACAUCAUGCAAGCUUUGAUUGAUGUCAAACCUGAUGAGAAGCCAAAACUCUUCUGCAUCUGCAAGACACCAGAUGACGGAGGGUUCUACUUAGGGUGUGACAGCUGCCAAGGAUGGUUUCAUCCAGUCUGUGUGGGUGUGGCCCAACAGGAUGCCAAAAAAGACGGAGCAUGGCACUGCCACGCCUGCACAUCUAGGAUUGCAGGUGACCCUGCAAACAAAGCUGCAAAUGAGCACCAUUGGCCUACUGGUCCCUUCAUUAUACCAGUCUCUGAGAUGCCAAACGAAAACCCUAAAUCCCCUGAAAUUCCCGACCUUGCAGUUGACAUACCCAGCCUUGCUGACGAGCUCGCCGACCUGCAGAACCCUCAACCUCAGCAGCAGCAGCAGCAGCUCCACAGCCAGGGGAUGAUGACCGGUGUCGCCCAAGGGACCGCUGAUUGCCAAGGAGGAGCGUCUACUCGGACAACAAUGGCGGAGGUUAACAACGAAGGGAUGUCCAUGAGACCUAGACGGGAACGAUGUUGCUGCCCUUACUGUGAAGAAGACAGAAAAAAGAGUGGCAUCACCCUAGGGGUCAGAGGUCACAUUUGCCACAUCCAAGCCUGCAGUCGCGUGUUUGCGAAGUCAACAGAGCUCAAGGCUCACUCAAGGAUUCACACCGGUCAACAGCAAAAUGUCUGCGACUGGCCGGAGUGUGGAAGCAGUUUCUGGCGAUCUGAUGAACUCCUGCGACACUACAGGACUCAUACAGCCAGACGCCGCAAAGCUAAAACCACGCCCAGUAAAGUGGUUGGGGAAUUGCCGCACAUCUGCGACUGGCCAUUGUGUGGGCGGGGCUUCAAGCGGGCUGACAAACUCCAACGACACUACCGGACGCACACAGGAGAGAGGAAGUACCAGUGUACACAAUGUCUGAAGCGGUUCCUGCGUAGCGACCAUCUGUCCAAACACGUCAAGACGCACGAUAACAAGAAGACUAGAGGUCGACGGAAGCAGACUGGUCCAGCGAGUGCAGAUCAGAACAUGAUUGUGGACAACGUGGUGCCCAUAGCUGGGGGAGGAACAUCCAAUACUGUUGGUUAUAAUCAAGCUCCCAUUGAAGGAUCGGAAGAAGAGUCUAAAAAACAAGCAGCUGCCCAGAAGAGAAUACAAAGACAGCCCUGUAGCUGCCCCAACUGCGUGAUGGACACCAACAGGCAACCGGGUGAACCAAGUCCCUUUGGUCCUAAGAAGCAUUUAUGCCACAUUGAAGGCUGUGGUAAGGCCUUCGCUAAGACGUCCCACCUUAAGGCUCAUAUCAGGGGUCAUACCGGGGAGAAACCUUACAUCUGCUCAUGGAUGGGAUGUCAAAAAUGCUUCACAAGGUCAGAUGAACUACAGAGACACUCCAGGACUCAUACAGGGGAGAAACGCUUCUCAUGUCCAGAGUGCCCGAUGAGCUUCAUGCGCAGCGAUCAUCUCUCAAAACACGUCCGGACGCACGACAACAAGAAGACCCGCGUACAGACGCAAGGGGAACGAGGUGAGAAGCGCCAUCAAUGUCCAGAUUGCCCCAAGCGUUUUUGGCGAAAGGACCACCUAAAGAAGCACGCUAAUACUCACCCAAACCCACAGGGUAACACUCCUAAUCUCAGUAGUAUCCAAGCGACGCUGCAGAUCAUUAAUCAACCUCAGUCUGCACCCAUGUCGGAAAGUUUGCCUCCGUUGGCCUCAACCUCUUCUUGAACUUUGUAUUGUCAAUGAUUUCUUUUUUAAAUCAAUUUUUAUUUCCUCUCAAAGAUUUUUAUUGUGAAACUUCCAAGGUAAAAAGUGAAACACUACUUCCAAAAUCUGGGAGGUACUGGUUGUUACCCUAAUCUUCUUCUCAACAAAAGAUAAACAAUAUCAGAUAAAUAAUGAGUGACAAAACAAAUCAACAAAAGGAAACAAAAUUCUGAUACCAAAUGUGUGCGAUCUUUGAAAGUAAAAAAGCAGUUUUAUGGAAGUGUGCUUUCAUAACUUGCUGUAUUUCUUGAAGACCCAAGGCUUAACAGCAUCUAAAAGCUUAAGAUAAUACAAUAUAAUUUGUUUUAAAGCAGUAGUGUUAAUUUUGUACAUUAUUUUAUUUGUGUGUAAAUUCACUUUUUUUUUUUCCCCCGUAAAAGUUUAUUGUUGAUAGUUUAGUCUGAGAGCAUUAUGAAGUCGUGUUUGAUUAUUUAAUUAGAAAUGUUUUUUAUUCUAAAUGUUGUGUUGUUUAUAUUUCUGAGAUCUGCUUCAAACACUGAAAUAACACCGAGUGUAUUAUGGUGUUUGGUGUUUGCUUAGUGUCGAGACUAACUUUACCCUGGCCAGUCUUUUCUGCUUGUGAUGGGUCUGUACCAAGAAUGAUUAACUAGCGUUUUUAGUAAUAAUCACCAGUUGUACAAAUAUACUCAAAUAUAAAAUCAAGAAGUCAUUAUUUUAAAAUGAAAAUAACUUCCUUGGCCAAUCGUCACUGUUGUUUGUCUUCAGCCUGUUAAGCACUGAGACAAAUCUGUCUUGGUAGGUUACUUCAUAACUUGUGCUUAGCGUGAUGGCUAUAUCAUCAGCGUAAAUGUUUUGAAUUCACUCGUUUCCUUGAGCAGGACCCUUCAUCUUAAUAUCUGUUCGUUACCCAGGAGAGUAAACGGUUACCCAUGAGGGUUGAGAAUGAUUACCUACGGGUGUGCCAACUUGGCUAAUGGUGCUGCAUACUCCUCAGGAGUCGUUACCUAGGAGAGUAAACGGUUACCCAUGAGGGUUGAGAUUGAUUACCUACGGGUGUGCCAACUUGGCUAAUGGUGCUGCAUACUCCUCAGGAGUUGAAAUAAUAUAAAGAGUGCCUUUGGCUUGAUGAAUAGUUGGUAGAUAGCGCAAGUCGCUUGGUUUGAUAAUAUGUAUGAAAUAUAUCAUAACUGUUGCUUCUAUACGCUCAUUUCAAACUACUUUAGGUUUUUUUCACCAGAUGAGUUCUUUGAGAUGUAAAUUUUUAGAGAUUUUUUUAGAGCAUUUGCCCUAGAGAACAGUGCUGCACAAACCGCUUCACUUUGGUAUGUAAAUAGGAUGAGAUGUUGAGGAUGGGUGCCUUUUGUUUUAAACCAUUGUACACACAACUCAAUCACAGUAUUAAUGUUAUAUAUUUUGAAAACUAGUGUAAUUUUCUCGGUUGACUUUUUAAACCAAUGUAGACGAUGCACAACACCGCGCACCAUGAAGAGUCACUCACUAGAUUGUCUCAGCUUGUCAAACACAAACAUUCUUGUUGACCAGGCAAGAUAUUCUUCCUACCGAAGUCUGUUUCCUGAUUUUGUUUUCCUUGGGAAAAAAAUCACAAUUCUUCAAGUAGAAUGUGAAACUUAAUUUUUUUUUAGAGUAUAUUUACUUUCUCCUGACGAUGAUGUGAGCAUACUGAUCAAAACGUUGAGUUUCCAACCACAGGUUCUUUUCAGAACCAACACUACCCCAAAGAGAUUUACACAUUGUGCUACGGCAAACCUGGCCUGAUUAUAAUACUUUUAAUUAAGGUCUAUUAGAGCCUUAGCUAUGUGUACAUAUCGGUUAGCAAUUCACGUCUGUUGACUGAAUUUGCAAAAUCAAGGUCUCCUUUGUGAAAUGAAGCUGAUCUUAUAAAUUGGGUAUGUCAUCGAGUAAAUUUGUUUUAUGUUAGUCCUCCAAAUGACUUUUUUUUUAGUGUACAAUAUCAAAGGUUUGGAAGCAAAGGUUCAACAUAUAUUUGAGAAAUCCACAGAUUAUAAGUGCACGGUUUGCCUGCCUUUAUUUGAAAAAGGAUCUCGGUGGGAAAACUCUUCAUGAUGCUCUGUAUUGGAAUCUUCCAAAUUGUUGUGAUGUAAAUAUGUGAAUUCAAAUAAUCACCAUUUUAAAAGUAAUUGAUUAAGACUUUCCUAAUCCCAAGUGUAAUGUGCCAGUUUACAAACAGCUAACCAAUCAUGAAUGCAGAAUGGUUCAUUGAUGAAUGUCCCAACUAUAGUUGGGACCCAUCUAUAGUUGGGACAGGCCUUUUAAGUGCAACUUAGAGCAGGCUUAACUGUACUCAUUUUGGGGCAUAACAUGGGUAAGAAAUACAUACAGUCUGCAAUUUCAACACUCCUCCUUUGGAUGUAAUCUGUAAACAGAAUCUCCACAGUGGCCAGUUUGACUUUGUUUUUUUAAAACAAAAUCACUUUGUUUUCUACUAGUGAGUAAGGUAAAUUAAUUUCUCAAUAAAUAAAGGCCUACAAGUUAAGUUAAAAUAGGAGGGUAGCAGUAGUGAAAUCUGCAGAAAAGUGAAGAAAAAAAAUUGUUAAGGUCAAAGUGAGAAUAAUUUCCAGUACAUGUAUUUGUGUCCUUAAAAGUUGGCUCCAAGUUGUGUGGAUAGAUUUGGGGGUACACACAUUCUUUUAGUUACCAUUACUUUUCUUAAAAAAUGAAAUGUUUGUUAGUUGUGGCAGAAACAGUACAUGUAUAAUGAAGUUGUAUUUUGCAUUCCCUAACCCGGUGUGGCGGUUUCAACUUUCCGCCGUGUUCAGUUUUCCGAAUGACCAAAUACGGUAACAUUACGUCAUGCGACGCCUGCGCACGGCAAGCGAAAGUAGUCAAUUGUUAGUGCCGUACUGAGUCACGGAAAAAUGAACAAGGCGGAAGACUGAAACCGCCACACCGGCACUUUUGUUUUUUUGUAGGUGUUUUUGUUUUUUGCACACAAUUUAGGAAAUUUAAUGAAGAUAAACAAAUGUACAUUCUUGCAAUCGACUGUUUUUAUUUGUUAGUACUAUAUAAUAUUGUAGUUAUGUACAAUGAGCCAAGAAAUUGUGUAUACAUCUAGGCUUGACAUCGGGUACCAGUGUCAUAGCUUUGUUUACUGCGCAACACUGUAGAAUAUUACAGAAUACUGCAGAAUCUACUGCAGAAUCACGACUCAAUGAGCCAUAAGCGCAGAUAGAUCUCUGCAGUAACCAGAACCAUGACAAUGAAGCCUGGUCAUUAAGAUUUUUUAAAUGACAAGGGGAACAUUAUGGGGACCAGUUACAAUGUACCCAUUUUUGCCAUGUACGCAACCAGUUUAAUGUCAUUUUCCAAUUGUGUACUUUAUAUCCAAAGGCACCCUUGUUGGUUUUGUGCACAUAAUUUACUUCUGAUUAUUCUCGGUUUGCCAAACCACAUGAAUCCCUUUUUUAAAGAAUCGUUGAUAUCAACUCCAGACAUGCUUAUAAACAUAUGCUCAUAAUUGUGAACCAUAUUUUGUAAGCUUUAUAGCAAUGCUUAGCUGGCAUCUUCUUGUUAUAUUUGUUCAUGGAACUUAAAGCAGUCCACUGUGAAUACAAUGGCUUGAGCCAUAAGCCAGCCAUUCCAUGCAGGAUAUCACAUUGUUGCAGAUGGUAGAAAAUGGUGCCUAGAUAUGACUAUAUUCACUAACGAGUUUGUACAAGUUUUUAGAUUUCAAUUUAUAGACGUGCUGGCUACAAUUUGCACUCACAAUAUAUACUCUGAAAACUACAACGCCCGAACCCAAAUUUACACUGUAUUAAGUUAUCAAUGGUGAAUUUCCUUUGCCAAUUAGGAAUCCUAGAGAGUGCCUAGCUUCAACUGGAUUAUUGAAGAUUGUAUUUACCCAUUAAACGUCGUGGUGCUAGUUACAAGAAGAAAUUAAAUCCUAAACAUGUCUUUAUUUUGUACAGAACACAUAAGAAAUUAUUAUGACAAUAUACUAGACAUGAACUUAA